UGAUGGAGCUGUGGGUGUGUCAUCCAAAAUCUGAGAAGAAAACUCUAACUCCAACGUGGUGUUAGAAAGUAGCAUUCCUUUAUUCCUCAGAUAUGCGCUGGGCAAUUUGACAAACAAAUCUUCUCUCUCAGAGUUCAGGUUCUACAUUUAAACUAAUAAGACAUACAUAUGCAGUACAUUUGCAUACAGAGUAAUUCUUUUCCAAGAAAGCAUGUUAAUAUUCCUCUAGGCAUGCACAGUUGUAUUUAGGGUGGUUGUAUGCCCAGUUUAUCCCUAUUUUUCUAUCAUCAGCUUACCACUAAGACUUUUGGCUGACCUUUAGCUGUUUUUCCACAGCUUGGCAAAUUUCCAUUGCUUGUUAGACUAUAAUGAGCAACUUCCAAAACAAUAUAAAUGAAAUCCGAGGAAAACAUCCUUGCACCUGGUAAAAUGCAAAAAUAAGUGUUCUGUUAUGACUCUAGUGCUUCCUGUGAAGCAAAACUAAGAGAAAAUAAGGCUAUUCACACACCAAGCAAAGUUGAAAUGGAAAGUUUUAGAAUUAGCACUCACUGAUUCCUUUUGCUAAACUCUGGUAUAUUGGUCCUUACACUAAUAUACUGGUCCCUAUUGCUAAACAAAGUAGCCUAUAUCAAUUAUUCCUGAUCACUGCAGGACUGGACUAGGUGACUUUUAAUGGUCCCUUCCAACUCAGAUGAUUCUCUGAUUCCUUGCUGCAGGUGGGCUACAGAGAGAACCUGAUGAGAGAGCAAUGCAUAUAGGAGGAUUUAAGUAGCAGAGCAAGCUUGCCACCUGCCCUCCCCAUGAUGCCUCUGGAGCUUACUGUCCUCUACAACUCGCUGCUCUUUGUCAUGGGAACAUCUGACUGUGCCAUCAAAGGAGAAGCAGAAGGAAUACGCCAAGGGCUCCUCAGGGUUCUGGAGGCUUGUGGAACCUCUGGACAGGGCCUUAGCACAGAAGAGCUGUGGCAGAAGGUGGUGCAGGAAGUAACUGUUGAGGAAUUACAGGCACCUUUGCACCGACUGGGGGCCUUGCAGGCAGCAUGGUGGCUGGCAGAUAGCUGCCUGCAGAGCAUCACUGACCUCUUCCGACUCCUGAGCAGUGCUGAGGAUCCAGGGAGAGCUCCAUGCAGUGGAGAGAAAAAUGAGCUCCUCACCCUUCUCAAGGCAUGGAGAGCACCUGCUGAGGAGGCCCCCAUUUCCCUUGUACAGAGUACUGAAGACUUGAAGGAGACCCUAUGCACUGCAGCUGCCUUCUUGCAAGGUUUGUGCGAAGGAGGUGGUCACCCUUGUCAGUCCCUCACCUGCUCGUUUGUCCCAGCACACCCUCCUCUCACCCACCUGCUGCUGUUUUGGUUUCUCUUCCUAAGCAUGCCACUUGUUGGGCUUUUCUCUUCGGAAAAGAGCCUGGACUAGGCCUAAGCUUGGUGUCCAGUGUUUCUCUGAUUUUUCUCCCAGCUAAGUCUCUCUCUUCUUCAGCCUGUCUUGUGGCUUAGCUUGGUGUAUGGGAUUCACAGUGACCUUGUAUAAAAUGGAAGGCUGGCAGGGGGCUUUCUUUUGUUUGUCUUUGGGUGCAUGACUUUUUGUGAGUAUAUUGUUCCUUCUGGAUUUCAGUGCUGUGAGACAUGCAAAGUAUUGUGCAACCUCGUCAUCUCGUAUUUCAGCAGACAAUUAUAUAAUUUUAUAGAGCAGAAUUUAUAGAAUGGUAUGGUUUGGAAGGAGCCCUAAAGAUUAUCCACUUCCAACCUCCCUGCUGUAGGCAGGGACAC